AUGAGUCUACUAAACUUUGCAAGUUUAUUUUUUCAGCAGGUGCCUCCCUUCAGUAAUAGAACUGCUUUUGACGGAGCGAUAUUGAACUAUACGAAUCAAGCUAGAACUGAUCCCAAAUCAUUCAUACCUUACUUGUAACAAAUACUAGCCACUUAAGAUACUCCACCGCCAAACUUAAGAGGAAGGUUCCCUUAUAAUUUAGUUGAAGGGACUGCAAUCAUAAAUGAGACAAUAGAUUUUCUGAACAAUACAUAGCCCUUAAAUAUUCUAGUAUGGGAUUAAAGAUUGAACUAGUCAUGCGAAGUAUUAGUAAAUGAUACUGGAAAGUUAGGGCUACUCCAGCAUGAGACUUCUAAUGGCACCACAAUGUCUGAAAGGAUAAGGCAAUAUGUUAUGGAUGCGAAUACUAUCGGGGAAAAUCUAGCUUUUGGCUAUACAACUCCUUUCAGUGUUGUAUUGGCUUUAAUAAUUGAUGAUGGUAUUCCGAAUAGGGGACAUCGAGCAAAUAUAUUUAAGCCUUAAUUUAGGUUUAUGGGAGGAUAUACAGGCCCUCAUAGUAGAUUUAGGACGAUGAGCUGUCAGGAUUUUUCCGGGUGA